AUGCGGCCCUCCACCCCGCUGUCCGCGGACCUGCCCCCGCUGAUAAUGGGCACGGCAACAUUCAACUCGCAAUACAAUGCAGACCCCUUCGCCCUCCCAACGACAGAACUCGUCCACCGCGCCCUCUCCCGAGGCAUCCGCGCCUUCGAUACAUCCCCCUAUUACGGCCCAGCCGAAGAACUCCUCGGCCGCGCCCUAGCCACCGACUUCGUCCAAACCAACUUCCCCCGCGACUCCUACCGACUCCUCACGAAAGUCGGCCGCGUCGCAGGAUCCUCAUUCGAUUAUUCGCCCGCCUGGGUCAAACACAGUGUACACCGCAGUCUGCGCCGUCUGCACACAGACUACCUAGACGUUGUAUACUGCCACGAUGUGGAAUUCGUUUCGCCGGCGGAAGUUCUCGUCGCAGUGAAAGAACUGCGCCGACUCCGCGAUGAAGAGGGUAUCCUGCGGUACAUCGGUAUCUCAGGAUACCCAGUCGACGUCCUAUCAUCGCUAGCCGAAAUGAUCCUCCACGAAACCGGCGAACCACUCGACAUCGUCAUGUCCUACGCCAACUACACCCUGCAAAAUACCCGCCUGCGCUCACUAGCACUACCACGCCUCCUCGCCGCAGGCGUAGACAUCGUCCCCAACGCCUCUCCACUCGGCAUGGGCCUCCUCCGCCGCGACGGCGUCCCCAUCGGAUCAAUGGGCGAUUUCCAUCCCGCGCCCAGCGCCCUCCGCACCGCCAUCCACGCCGCAGCGCAAUGCACCGCCCAAAGCGGCGAGAAACUCGAAGUUGUCGCGAUCCGCUUCGCGCUAGAGUCGUGGCUGCGCGUUGGCGCGAAAGCAGGAGCCCUCGGUGCACCGCUUGCUCGGGCCGCGGACGCGGAUCCGGGAUUCCUGUCUGUGGCUAAUAUCGGGACGGGUCGGAGGUUGGGCGUUAGUGUGAUGGGGGUGAGUAAUGUUGCCGAGUUGGAUGAGACGUUGCGCGUGUGGCAUAGUAUUCUGGAUGGACUGGAGAGCUGGAACGAAGAUGAGGAGGGGUGUGAGUUUGAUUUUGAGAAUCAGACGUUGGCACCUGAUGGUCCCACGCCGGAGGCGGAGGGUAAAACCGACGGCGCGGUUGCGUCUUCGGCCUCGCAUGCGCCUAAUAUUCUCACCCCCUCGGAGGGCCUGAUUACUGAUCGCGCGUGGUCGCAUACCCGCCGCGCAAAGAUCUUGCAGUUGGCCAAGGAAGUCCGCGACGUACUUGGUGCCGAAUGGGUGGAUUAUACCUGGGCAAGUCCACCGGCAGACUUUAAGAACACCCUCUCGGACGAACAUCUCGCCUCGAUGAGGGUGAUCACGGAAGAAGAGGCUGUGGGCGAGCUGGCGCUGCCUUCGCCCGCGGAAUCUGUGCAGGACGAGCCGAUGUUGACGCCGCCGCUGGAUGCGGAGGCACAACUGGCAUAG